UUGCUCGUUGUUACAUCUGUUUUAUUUUUGCUGAAGUUGUUGAUUAUUUAUUUUGGUCGGUGAGGUUAUGUUACUGACUGCGUUUGCAGUAACAUUUUGAAUCAAAUUAUUAUAUGUUGUAACUGAUCAUUUUUAAUUCAAAUGAUUUCAAUUGAAGAAAUUGAACAUUUUGCUUACGAAUAUUAUCCAUUUGUUAUUUAUUUCUCUUUAACAAUAAUCACUACAUCAUUGUUCUUAUACUUCCAUGAAAGUUCAAAACCUUCAAAGAAAAAGGACAUACAUAAUGACCGGCCUAAGUUGAUUGGUUCCAAGGUUUCUGGAGGGCCUUUGAAGAAGAAAGUAUACAGAAAAAGAGAUUCAAAGAUAAAGCCCUCAAAGAUUGUUAUUCUAUAUGGAACUGUUACAGGAAAUUCCAAGGUGUAUAGUCUGAAGUUACAAAACAAGUUGAAGAGUUUAACAGAAGUAACUGUCAUUGACAUCUCUGGCAUUGAUCCGGAGGAGACUUUAUUCGAACUUGCUUCAGUGGAGAAUGUGGUUUUGUUGCUUCUACCCACUCACAGCGAAGGCACACCACCACCGACAGCUGCUUGGUUCUACAAGUGGCUUGGAGAGUCUGCCAGUGAUUUCCGAUAUGACAAAACUUCUUUCAAGAACCUGCACUAUGCUGUGUUUGGUCUUGGAAAUUCUUCAUAUCAGGAACACUAUAAUGUUGUGGGCACACAGGUAGACCAAUGGCUGCAGGACUUGGGUGCACAGCGUGUCUUGCCUCUCGCUCUCGGUGAUGAAGACUCUUUAGAUGAAGAUUUCAACAAGUGGGCUAAACUUGUAGCGGAGUUAGCAACUGCUGAGACUUCGUCUGCCAGUCCGAUUGAUGGGGAGGAAGCACUGGCCAACGGCCUGAUGGACCUGGAGGAGUUGGGACCGGCCUUACGGCAGAUGAGGCAGCAGACCGCAAUCACACCGGUCGUCAAGGAGAUGAUCACACCUACUCUGCGUCAAGCUCUCACCAAACAGGGCUACAAACUUCUCGGCAGUCAUUCCGGUGUGAAGAUGUGCCGGUGGACCAAGGCCAUGCUACGAGGUCGAGGGGGUUGUUACAAACACACCUUCUACGGUAUUGAGUCUCACCGAUGCAUGGAGACUACGCCCAGCCUCGCUUGUGCCAACAAGUGUGUAUUCUGCUGGAGACACCACACCAAUCCUGUCGGCACCGAGUGGCGCUGGAAGACUGACAACGCUGAGGACAUCCUGAGUGAUGCUCUCUCUGCACAUUACAACAUGAUUAAAGAAUUCAAGGGUGUGCCGGGGGUGUUACCUGAGCGGCUGGCAGAAGGGAUGCAGGUGCGACACUGCGCCCUAUCUCUGGUCGGGGAGCCCAUCAUGUAUCCUCAUAUCAACACCUUCGUCCGUUUACUGCACAGACAACGCAUAUCGUCCUUCCUUGUCACAAAUGCUCAGUUUCCGGCAGCCAUACGGGACCUGAGCCCAGUGACACAGCUGUAUGUCAGUGUCGAUGCCAGCACUAAGAGCAGCCUCAAGAAGAUAGACAGACCACUGUUCUCAGACUUCUGGGAGAGGUUUCUAGAUAGUCUUAGAGCACUUUCAAAAAAGGGCCAAAGGACGGUCUACAGACUUACUCUAGUCAAAGCAUGGAAUGUUGAGGAGCUAGAGAGCUACUCACAGCUAGUCUUGUUGGGGAAACCUGACUUUAUUGAAAUAAAGGGAGUCACAUUUUGUGGAGGAGGAGAUGGCAACAGUUUGAAGAUGGAAAAUGUUCCUUGGCAUGAAGAAGUGAUAGAAUUCUCCAAGAAAAUUGCUGCCCUGUUGCCUGACUAUGCACUUGCAUCAGAGCAUGAGCACUCAAACUGUGUACUUAUUGCUCACAAAAAGUUCCUCGUGAAUGGCCAGUGGUGGACUUGGAUAGAUUAUGAUCGGUUUCUAGAGCUUGUGGAUAAGUUUUAUGAAACUGAGGGGAGAGAGACUUUCUCAGCAGAGGAUUAUAUGAUGCAGACUCCAUCCUGGGCUGUAUUCGGAAGUGCAGAGAGAGGGUUUGAUCCUGUCGAGACAAGGUGGCAGAGACGGCCAGCAACUGCGGGCUGUUAGACUAGUGUGGAAUCUCUACACUAAACAUGUCAGGUCAAGUUUUUUCUACGAGAGGCUAGAAACAAUUAACUAUUUUAUUUGUAGGAGACCAACAGCUAAGUUUAUUUUUGUUAUAUACAAAACCUUUUAUCUAAGUCACUAAUGAAGGUUAAGUGAUAAAAUGUAUGAAUCACCAAGAAAAAGGAGAUGUUCAGUUUUUAUUUAAGUGCUACAAUAAAAACUAGUACUGCCAGAAAUAAAUUAUAAAUCAGUUCCUUUGGCUAGCUCAGGUGUAGCUGAGAAAACAUAAAACAUGUUUUACAUAACACUACCUCUAUACAAAUAUCAGUGUAAAACAAUUUUGUCAAAGAUGUUUUUCUUUUUACAAGAUUAUUUUAUAAACAAUAAUCACCCUCCUACUGGUCAGUAACUCAUUUUGAGUUCCUUUAGGUACACUCAGUAAUAGGAAGCGACUCAUGUUGAGUCACUGUGUCAACUCUGUUUAACCAUAAACUUUAAUUCCGACAAGUAUGAUGUCUACAUGUCCUUAAUGAAAUCAACUAGUCCAAAUAACUAUUGAAAUUUAUGAUAAACCUCAUUGAAUUAUAUAUAAAUAAAAUAUUUAAAUUGUGCAAGAUUUGAAAAUAAAUUAUUGAAUUUGUAAAAAGAAUUUACCAACUUGAAAACCGUUCCAAAAUGUUUACAGAACUGUUUAUAUUUUUGAAGUUUUCGGCGAAGACUCAAAUUUGCACUCACUUAAUAGAACAUCAAUUUUUGAUUACUGUGGUGUAACAUUUGUUGCGUUUGUGUGUAAAACAGUAUUUUAUAUUGAUCUAACAAACAAAAAGAAAAAAUAUAUUUUUGGUCAAUUUGUCACUGUUUUGUAUAAGUUAUGUAAAUCUUAAAUAUUUUCACACAGUGCACAGUGUUUUAUAUUUUCUUAUUGGAUGAUAAAUUCUGGGUUAUUUUAUAACUGGGUAUUUUGGGUUUUUCCAAAGAAAAGUUUGGUACAGGACUAGGGAGGUCAAUAUUUGUGGUUUUGUGCUGAGAUUGACUUGUUGCUAAACUUGUUCAGCAACCACUAGUUUUUGCAAGGUAAUAUUUUGUAUGAGUGCUAAUAUUUUGUCCAUACGAAAUUAUAUAUAGUAAGGGUGCCUUUUUAUAUAUAUAAAGCAUGUACAUUUUAUAACUGUUUACAAAACCCCCUUGCAAACUGCCCAAAAUGGACUUCCCAGUAGAGAAGUUACUAUAAGGCCAGUUAGAGAGUAAACUAAAUUCAAGAAUGUCAUUAAAUAACCUAAUAAGAACUAAAAUUCUAGAAUAUCUAUCGCUUAUAAUAAUAUUUAAAUUUAUUUCCUCACUUUAUUUGUUUCAAUUAUUUACUGAUUUUUGCAUUAUAUUGGGGUUAUCAGGACUCCACUGUUAUAAAUACAACAUGACUUUGUAUUCUCAAGAACUUUCUAGCCCCUUUCUUCUUGUGACGGAUCAGAAAUCUGGAAAGAGUGUAGUUUUGUAAGAACGUGAAAGACUUGUAAAUAUUUCUUUUAUAUUUGUUGUCGAAACAGCUGUUUUGUACAAUUAGUUAUCAGUUGAGUUUAAUUUAAGUUUUAUUUAAUUGAUUCUGUUCAAUAAAUAAAUAAAAGUACUAAAAUUAAAA